CUUUCAAAUAAUAUUUUACUCAUACAAAAGGAUUAUAUGGAUUUCAUACUCAAGCAAAUCCAAAUUCUUACAAAAUUACAUGUCCCCAUUUACAUUGUAGAUAAUACUGUUAGGGCGUAUAGGGGCCAUUUUGAAUUUAACAAUACAGCAUUUAUCUCAUGCAUGACUAGAGAAAUGAUAUGUUUAGCUAGAAAACGUGUUUUCAGACAAUAUUUUACUCGUAUAUCACAAUUACAUGCAUUUUAUGUACUUAUUCUCGUGAAAAUGGGUUUCUCCAUUCGCAUUGUACAUAAUGUAUAAUGGGCAUAUGGCGGCCAUUUUGAAUUUCAAAAUACAGCAUUUAUCACAUAAAUUGCAUCACAAAUAUUAUAUUCCGUUAAAAUUGAAUUUUUAGCCAAUAUGCCACUCGCAUAUCUUAAUAAUAUCCAUUUUAGUACUCACUCUUGUGAUUUUCUUUUGUCCCCAUUAACAUUAUACAUAAUACUGUCAGGGCGUUUGGUGGCUUUUUGAAUACUAAAAUGCUUCAUUUAUUACACACAUGACAUAACAAAUGAUAUAUUUCGUUAGCAAUCAUGUUUUCAUCCAUUACUUCACAAAAAAUCACAAUUACUUGCAUUUAGUGCUCACUUUUGUGAAAAUUAUUUUCCCCAUUCAUAUUGUACAUAAAGUUUAAUACAGCGGUCUAUGGCGGCCAUUUUAAAUAUCAAGAAAAUACAUAUUUUUUCAAAAAUCGUUUUUUCAGAGAGUAUUUCACUCCUGCAACACAAUUACAUACAUUUUAUAGCCAAUCUACUGGCAAUUUUAUGAUUUUCAUGGGUAAUUUGCAUAUUUUGGCGGCCAUAUUAGAUUUUGCCAAUUUGCGGAAAAUGCUCAAGGUUACACGAGUGGCAUCAUUCAGAUUCGUAAUCAGCACCCUCGAAUUGACAAGAAACCAUGAAAAAAUAUUGUAUAUAUGAAAAAACAAGGUUUGGACAAUUUUCUAUGGGGCCUAUCCUGGACUAAUUGCGCUAGCGGCCUUUUUCCAGGAACUGGAUUGUGCAUUCGCGUUAGCGACUUUUUUCCAGGAACUUGAUCAGUGGAUUGCAUUUUUUCUUCCAGAAAAAAAGGCGUACGGUAUUAAUUCUUAAGAUUAGAAAAGCGUUUACAGUGUUUUAAAUAAAAUAACGAUUAAGAAACAAUCUUGCUUUUGUCAGAAAGUUUGAGAAUUAAGGACAGAAAAUAAUACAUUUGCUGCUAAAAAGCACAAAAAUAACGUCAAAUCAUAAUUUGCGUUUUCUCGAAAAUGUACGUUUUGCGCACAUGCGCGCUAAGUCACUUCUUACGGGAAGCCGACGAUGGUAUUAAUCAAAUAAAUGUGAAAGUAUCAAAAGGUUGUAACUGCAGUACACACUACAAUGUUAGAAUUGAUAAGACAUUCUCGAAAGUAAGGUUUUGAUUCUCAUUCUUUUUAUUUCUUUCUGAUUUAAUUUCAUGACUUAUUUAUUUUGUUGACACCACCAUAGAGCGUCUUGGAGAGCUAGACAAUGCCCCACAGCUUGCCAUCUUACCUAUCUAUUCACAGCUACCAUCAGACCUUCAAGCUAAGAUCUUCCAGAAAGCACCUGAUGGAGUCAGAAAGUGUGUAGUAGCUACAAACAUCGCUGAAACUUCACUAACAGUUGAUGGUAUCAUGUUUGUGGUGGAUGCUGGGUAUUGUAAACUGAAGGUGUACAACCCUCGUAUAGGUAUGGAUGCUCUACAAGUAUACCCUAUCAGUCAAGCCAAUGCAAGACAGAGAUCUGGCAGAGCUGGUAGGACAGGACCAGGACAAUGCUAUAGACUCUACACAGAAAGUGCUUACAAGAAUGAAUUAUUGAUGACGACUGUACCUGAGAUACAGAGAACAAACCUUGCCAAUGUUGUUCUACUUCUCAAAUCAUUAGGAGUAGAUGAUCUUCUGCUCUUCCACUUCAUGGACCCACCCCCUCAGGACAACAUGUUGAACUCUAUGUACCAGUUAUGGAUCCUUGGAGCAUUAGAUAACACUGGUCAGCUGACACCUAUUGGAAGACAGAUGGUAGAGUUCCCUUUGGAUCCUGCACUCUCUAAGCUUCUUAUCGUCGCCUGUGAGAUGGGGUGUAGUUCUGAGGCUUUGAUCAUUGUCUCUAUGUUGUCUGUUCCGUCCAUUUUCUACCGUCCAAAGGGCAGAGAGGAAGACAGUGAUCAAGCUAGAGAAAAGUUCUCAGUCCCAGAAAGUGAUCAUUUAACAUUUCUUAAUGUCUACCAGCAAUGGAAAAAUAACCACUACUCAUCGAGUUGGUCCUCUGAGCAUUUCAUCCAUGUGAAGGCCAUGCGUAAGGUACGCGAGGUACGACAACAGCUCAAAGACAUCAUGGAUCAACAAGGUAUGGAGCUGGUCUCUUGUGGGACUAGCUGGGAUCUUAUCAGGAAAUGUAUCUGUUCUGCCUUCUUCCACCAUGCUGCCAAGCUCAAGGGUAUAGGGGAGUAUGUGAAUGUACGGACAGGUAUGCCUUGUCAUCUUCAUCCGACUAGCGCCCUCUUUGGUAUGGGAUUCACACCCGAGUACAUCAUCUACCAUGAACUGGUCAUGACCUCUAAGGAAUACAUGCAGUGUGUGACUGCUGUGGAGGGUGAAUGGUUAGCUGAGCUGGGACCUAUGUUUUACAGCAUCAAGGAAAAGGGCAAAACAAGACAGCAAGGACGUCUGGCAGCGAAGGCAGACUUGCCUAACAUGGAGGAAGAGAUGGUUCUUGCAACAGAAGAACUUCGGGCUAGGAAAGAAGACAAACUACUUGAGAGAAUUAAAUCAUCGAAAAGAAUGAAGAUUGCUACUCCUGGUAGGAAAGAGGAAUCAACUACAUCAACACCAAGGAGAAAAACGCCAUCCUCAUUUGGAUUAUGAUGUUUUAGGAUUUCUUAGAAGUAGGAAUUUCUUGAAAAUUUCUAAGUGUUAUUUCAGGUCUUUAUGCCCCAUAUUUUUAACAAUGUUUUUAUUUGAACCGUGACUUAAUCAUCGGUUUGACCAGAACAUAAGGGAAACAAUGCAGACAUUCUGGGCUUGGUGCAAGGUGUAAAUAGUUUUGUUAUUCUUCAAUGUUAAGUAUUUAACAUGGUUAUCCAGAAUAAUAAAUAAUUCUGUAUAUGCAACCAAUUGAGGCUUAUUGAUGAUCCCUGUGUCCUUUCGAAGUACCUAGUCUUUUGAAAAUAAAGCUAGCAAUUGUACUUAAAACUUCAGUCUUAUAAGGACAAGUCCACCCAACAAAAAGACGAUUUGAAUAAAAAGAGAACAAUCCAACAAGCACAACACUGAAAAUUUCAUCAAAAUCGGUUAUAAAGUAAGAAAGAUAUGACAUUUUAAAAUUUUGCUUAAUUUCACAGAACAGUUAUAUGCACAUCCUAGUGGGUAUGCAAAUGAGGAGACUGAUGACGUCAUCCACUUACUAUUUCUUUUGUAUUUUAUUAUUAUGAAUAGGGAAUAUCCUAUUUUUCUCCUCAUUGUCAAGUGAAACAAUGAUCAAAUCCUCCCUGAAUAUGUGGAAUAAGCAUUGUUUACUAUUAUAUGAUUCAGUCAAGUUGGUGCUAAUUGUCAAAUCUAAAAAAAAUGAAAUAUUGUAUAAUUCAAACAAUAAAAAACAAAAGAAAUAGUGAGUGAGGGACGUCAUCGACUGUCUCAUUUGAGUUGUGCAUAUCACUGUUUUGUGAAAAAUAAGCAAAACUUUAAAAUGUCAUAACUUUCUUAUUUUACAUCCGAUUUUGAUGAAAUUUUCAGCAUUUUGCAAGUUUGAUUUUUCUCUAUUUAUUCAAAUCAACAUUUUUGUGGGGUGGACUUGACCUUUAAAGGGAUGUUCCAGGCUGAGAAUAAUAUGAUUCAAAAAAUCAAACAAAACAUUGAAAAUUUGAUCAGAAUCGGACUAGGAAUAAAAAAGUUAAGGCAUUUUAAAGAUAAGCAUUAUUCCGGUGAAACAGUUCUAGGCAUGUCUUCAUAAAUAUUCAAUGAGCAACAUGAUGAUAUCAUAUGCCCACUUGUUCUUUUUUAUUUUAUUAUAUGAAAUUAGGUUUAUUCAAUAUUUUUCUACCAAGAACUGAAUAAAAGGGAUUGACAACUUAUUUAGUGCAUUAGAUAUUCAUUGCUGCAACUUAUUUCAUUAUAAAGGAGACACAUUAUUCACACAUGUAUGAAAAAUUGAAACAAUUAUGAUUUUAUGGAAUAACAUAAGAGAAAGGAAAGUGGUAAUGUGACAUCAUCAGCUCACCUAAUGAAUAUUCAAGAUGACGUAUAGAAUUAUUUUCACAAAAUAUUGCUUAACUUUAAAAUUCAAUAACUUCAUUAUUUGUUAUCCGAUUUUGAUGAAAUUUUCAGCAUUUUGCUCUGUGAAUUUUACCCCAUAAGUUUCACAACCAAGAAAACGGGAGAAAAAGAAAACCGUGAAAAUUGGCAUGAUAGUAUGGGACGUAAUCUACAAGAAUGUAUGGUUGAUUUUUUUACGAAAUCAUCAGAUUUAUUAAUUAUGCUAAUUUAUGUGUAAAUCAUACUUUUGCUCUAAUUCAUUAUAAAAAAAUCAGAGAAUGCCAAUUUUGGUGUAAAUAUUCUUUACACCAUUGCUAACAAUUACAAAUUUAAAAAAUCCUGGUUUGGAAAUAAAUUUGUUAUGUAUUUCACUGUUUUAUGAAUUUCUUAUGUAUAUGUAUUUCUUUAUUUUUCGAUCUUUUGUUUUUCUUUGUUUUUUCACCAAAUUUUUACAGAACCUUUUUAAAGCAUAAUUAUGAUAAAAUCAAUUAAUUUCAGCUGAUGAAAGUAGAAAUAAUCAUAUCUUUAUGAAUAAGGUGAGAAAACUCAAUUUACAUUGACUUUGUACACAAAAUCACGUUUUGGAGCAAUUUGGGGUCUGACAUGCACUUAUGUAAUGUUGUGUAAUUAUCAAAUUGCAAACCUGGGCAUCAUGAAUUUGGUCUCAAUAGGUGCGCAAGACUUCAAAGUAAAAAGUCAGUAAACAGCGUGGUAAAAAAAAAUCCGCGCAGAGGAAUGGACGCAGAAAAUGUUGAGGGGGGUUGAUUAAAAAAAAAAAGAUAUGGGGUUGACACCAAAACUAUAACCCUUUAAUACCCUGACAUAAACUUUGAAAUCAUACAUUUCACUACUAAAAUCAAAUCAAAAUAGAAUUAUAGAAAAUGUUAACGUCAUGAAGAUGCUGACAAUUUUUGCUGUGUCUGCGCCCUCUUAUGUACAUGGAUUUAGGGAGCUCCUACUGACUGGUUCAAUCCAAGUUAAUGAACUGUCUUGGUAAAGCAGUUGGUGUUCCUAUUCAAAGCUCUUUAGCAUGAAAUGAGGAUCAGUUUCUUUGGAAGAAUUCCAUAUGACUCUGAGACUCACAUUCUGCAAAGAAAAACAUUUUUAUUUUCAAGCAAAGGACUGAAGAUCAUAUAUGUUAAAGAAAACUGCAUUUAUUUUUGUUUGUUUAAACCUUUGUUCUUUGAGCCAUAGUUGGAACUCUUUACUGUUUCAAAGCAUUGACUUGCUCUGUGACCGAUUGGGGAAAAAAUUGCAAGUUGAUCUGAAUGAUUUCUUUUACAAAAAACCUAAAUAGUACAUUAGUAUUUGGCAGUUCUUAGCAGUUUUGCUAAAAAUGAGAAAAUGGGUUCUAAAGCUACAACAUUACUAGAGUGUAUGUAUUUGAAUGCAUGUAAAAGAAUAAAAGCAUGCCUAUAUAUAUUUGAUACCUGUAUUAGUGAACCUUUCUCAGUGUACCAGCUGAAUGAAGCACAAUCGUAUACAGAAAGUUUGAACAGGCCUUACAUAUCAAACCCAUCCUGGCAAAAAUCUCUGAUGGAAUUCAGCUUUAUAAGACCAGGGUGUCUUUUUUGAAUUCCUCUAUAAUUCUUAUAUUUUUUGUUUGUUCUGAAGUGCCAUUGCUAUGAAUAGAUAUGAACAAAUUUUUGGUGUUGGAGAGUAAUAUGUAGUUAAUGUGAAUUAUCAGAAUAGAAGAACUGCCAAUAACCCUUGACUUACUCUUAUAAUUUUCUUAAAAACUGUCCUCUAAAAACACUUGGAUUUUGACAUAAAGAAACAAGGACUUUGUUUACUAUCGAAGAAAAAUUUUGCAGGGAAAAUUUUGUAAGUCCACUUAUAAAAGUGGAGUAGGGGUCUAGGCUACAUGUACAUCUUUGGUUUUGCAAGAUUAACUUGAUUUUAUUGACUUGAUUUCAGUUGCUCUUAGUAGAUAUGGAUGGUUUAUUCAUGUUUGGAUGAUAUAAAGUUGAUAAAAAUCUUUUUCUUUUGAGUAAAAAAAAUUAAACUGCCACAACAAAGAAAAAAUCAUCAAUCAUUUGUACAUGUUUGAAUGGAAGUGAUUUAAAUCAAUUAUUAAAAAAAAAAUCAUAGUGAUUUAAAUCGCAAUUUAAAUCAACGUGAUUUAAAUCAGCCAACCCUGUGUGUGUCAGAAAUCAUAAUGCCAUGGUAACGACAUUAUAUGGUGAAAAUCUUGCGGUUUGAAUUACUUCAUCAAUUUUCAACCAAUUCUCAUGAAAUUUGGCUCACUCAUUGGUUUCGAGGUAAAAAUGUUCGAGACUGAGAGUUUGUGUAUGUCGGAAAUGGAGUUCCCAUGGUAACAACAAAUUAUAUGCCCAAAAUUAGGUAAAAAUCUUGUGGUUCGUACUACAUCUGUUUAAAACCAAUUCUUAUGAAAUUUGGCUCACACUUUGUUUUUUAAGUAAAGAUAUCCGAGACACUUAUUUUGAUGUGUGUGGGACAUCGAGUUGCCAGGUUAACAACUUAUAUGCCCCAAAUUAGGUAAAAAUCUUGCGGUUUGAACUACUUCAUCUGUUUUUAACCAGUUCUCAUUGUAUUUAGCUCACGCACUGAUCUCGGGGUAAUACUAGGGAAGACACAUUUUUUCCAUGUGUUGGAAACUGUUGCCAUGGUAACAGCAUAUGGCGGGGGUAUAAAUCACCUUCAGUGAUAGUUCUAGUACCGGGUACUCGAAUUACAAAAUGAUACCUAUGUACUGCACCAAAAACGAAAAUUGGGGGCUCUGGUCUUAAAAUGGGGGGUCCAGAACUGCUCUCGCAUGAACGAUUGCUAAAAAUGCAAUGCAUGAUAUUGGUCAUGACGUUUCUGCGCGAUGAACCAAUCAGCGGCCUACGAAUCGCUCUGCAGAGCUUUUGCUGUCGUUAGCUUUAGCUGUCGCGAGUAUGAGCGGGCACUGCUUAGAAAUAUGGACCUACUACCAUGCUAGAAACCACAAAUUUGAGAGUGAAAAAUUUAGGCUGAAAAUGGGGGUCUCGACUGCAGCACAUAGGUAUCAUACAUUUAUAAUAAGUGCCCCCCCCCCCCCCCCGUAUCAUGCAAGUGCGAUGAUUGCUGUUGCUAAACAGUUACAAUCUAGUUAUUAUUUGGUUUAUUUGCUUAUGAAUUUCUGAUUUCCAAGUGGAAAGACCAUAUUGCAUACUGCCACCUCAUAAUACUAUCUCAAAACAAGUGUGUAGGUUUUUUUUUUUUUUUUGGGGGGGGGGGUUACUGUCGUAUUCCAUUUAUUAUUUAAUUCUUCAGCUAGUUUAUAGAUGUAUCAAAAUGUUGACAGGUGGCAUUUGUCCAAGUAAUCGUUCUGCAUUUUCAAAUUGAAAUUACAAGCAUGUAAUAGUCGAUGUUGGGUGGAGGCAGUGAUAUCAUGUAACAGUGAUAAGUGACUUGGCUUUCACUUCUAAUUUGGGACUAGUAAACACACGUUGUAAAUAUUCAAUGGUCAGAAUUUUUAAUGCAUAUUUUCCAGGGUUCCCAGCUUUUCAAGAAAACAAAAUUCCUUGAUUUCCUUGAUGAAGUUUAAAAAUUCCCUGAUAAUUAUUUAAACCCAUUCCCAGUUUCGCAUGUUUUGUAUGUUGUUGCAGUGAAUUAAAUGUAUUUUCAGUAUAAAAACAAUAAUGAAAAACUAAUUAGCACCAUAACCAGUCAUUCAAUGGAUGUUGUUUGAUACAUAUGCAACAAAAGAUAACAGUCUGACUGACUACCGUGCUUUCGACUUCUGAUCAAAAUUCCCUGAUGUUUCCCUCAUUUGAGGAAUUUUUCCCUGAUUUGAGGUAUUUUUUAUCAAAUUCCCUGAUUUUUCUCUGACUGGAAAAAAGUAAAAUACUUUUCCCUGAGUUCCCUGAUAGGCUGGGAACCCUGGUUUCAUACAUGUACGAAUAAUAACUGUAAAUUGUACAUAUACUGUGUAAUAAAAUCAUUAUUCAGAACACUGUUA